AUGGCAAGUUUCCCACAAGGUAGUGAUCUCUCGCCGGAUCUUUUUAAAAUGUUUACAGACGAUAUUCCGGAUGCAGUCGUAGCCACAGAUGCCGGUAAAUAAUGAUACAGCAAUAUUCUCUUCCGGAAACGACCCAUUGAAAACCUCUGCAACUUCUACAAAAUGUCUAAAUUUAUUUAAAAAUCAUCCAAGUGCGGUAUCAAAAUAAGUUUUGAAAAAUCGAUUAUUGUAAAUUUUAAUUUCAGAGUUAAAAUAUCUUGGUAUUACUCUCGAUAAGAUUGAUAUGGAGUUCCCAUUCGAAGGCAAAAAUAAAAUAUCGGAAUGGCCGACAGCGUCCUUUUCGUCCAAUUCUUAA